AUGGGCUCCCUCGCAAACCAGUUCGCAGACACUGAGUCUCUCAAGCGCCGGUCAUUGUCCGGCCUAUCAAUCUUGGUGGUUGGAGGCGGAAUUGCUGGUCUCGGCUUUGCUAUUGAAGGAUAUCGGAAGGGUUAUGAUAUUCGCAUUAUUGAUCGACGCCCGAACUUCGAUGACUACGGAGAUAUCAUUGGGAUCGGGGACUCCGUGUUGCACUCCAUGAAGCACUGGCCUGGCUUCCUUGAGGCUUGUUACCAGACGCCGUUCCCCAGAUCAUACGAUGCGUACAAGUUCGAUGGCCAAAUCAUCGGUAAGCUGGGGGAAGGCUUGGGGAUGAGUCGAUCAGAGUUCCACUCGCUCCUGCAUCAGUACGCGCUGCGUAUUGGCAUACCGAUCCGCUACUCUGCCAAGGCGGUCGAUUAUUUCGAAACUGAUGAUCAAGCCGGCGUUGAACUUGAAAGCGGUGAAAGGUUGACCGCCGACAUUGCCGUCGCUGCUGAUGGCAUUGGGUCUCGGUCAUGGCGUUUAGUCACUGGCGUGAAGGAAGAACCCAUCAGCUCAGGCUUCGCCGUGUUCCGAAGCACAUUCCCAGUCGAGUUGGCGAUGGCAAACCCACUCAUUGCUGAGGCGAUUGGUGGUGUUGAGUGUGCCAGCCGCCUAUUCUUCGGUCCUGGUGCACACCUCGUGAUGGGAAAGACACCCAAGGAUAUGAUAUGGAUGCUCACGCAUAAGGACGAUGGAAAUGCAGCGGAAGACUGGGCGAAGCCGGCAGACCCUAAAGAUGCUCUCCCAUAUGUCGAAGGCUGGGCACCGUGGUUGCAAGAGCUCGUCAAAGUGGCCCCGAAACACGGAGUAGUCGACUUCAAGCUUAUGUGGCGGAAUCCCAGAGAGAAAUGGAUAUCCCCCAAAGCGAGGGUUAUUCAAAUUGGCGAUGCAGCUCACACAUUUCUGCCGACUUCAGCGAGCGGUGCAACAAUGGCGCUGGAAGAUGCGAUAUCCCUUGCAGCUCUGCUUCAUCGCAGUGCUUGGAGUGGCAUGCAGUCCAUCGAAGACUUCAUCCGCUUGUCAAUCAUCGGAAAAGAGUCUGGUGCUUUCAUCAUGCACCGCGAGUGCGGUACUCUUGUCGAGCUCAACCCCAAAACGAAUCGUGCCAUCGGCAAGAUGAAGGCCACGAUCACCCAGCGCUUCAAGCAUCCCGAAGGCUUCGAGUAUGAUAUCGACUGCGAUUGCCGGUUUAUGUUCUUCUGCGAGAAAACCACUUUUGACGACGGACACGAAUAG